CCGCAGGGUGUCGCUGUUGUUUGCCCUCACUGUAAAUAUCAGCUGUGUCAAACACGCUCAGCUCACCUGACUACUGCUAUGCUAUCAAACAGGUUGCUUAGCCUUAGCCAACGCGCUGCUACCACUGACAAAUGUAACCUUGUUGUAAUACGGACUUUGGCAACAGCUGCAAGAUUGAGCGAACAUGCGGAGAGGUGACUGCAAAUAGGAAACUCUUCAAAAUGGACAAGGAGAGAAAACUGACAUCUGCUGUCCAAAAACAUCCGAGGGGAGAGAGGAAGGAGUCUGCUGAACCUCACACCGCAUCAUCAACACAUUUGGUCUUACCUAAUCCUUAUGUUUCUCUCCAGAGUUUGAGAGGGAACCAGUCAGGUGUGAGUCUUAAGCAGAGUCCAUCAAAUACAAAUGGAGUGCCAAGUGGAGGAGGUGGAGAUGUGUCAAGGAGUCAUGGCUACAGCAGCAGUCGUCGUGUCAGAGAGAGCAGAGAGGAUUUCCAGCAGAGAGACAGGCCGGUACGGGAUCCACAGGCAUCAAAAAGCAACAAUGACUCUCCGGCUCAAGGGAGACAUAUGGGCAAAAACCAACUGGAUGCACAAAGAAGAGGUUUUAGAGGAGCCAGAUCUGCUCCGAACUCAGCAGGGAAGUCAAAACCAGCACAGGCAGCCUUGACUCCAUUUGAGGUGAAGAUGACAGAUUUCCCUGAGUUAUCUGGUGUUCCGCUGGGCAAAGCAGGCCCUCCCUUGGUUCAGAAAGAGUGCUGGGGUCCUCUUUCUCAAAGAUCUGCCUCUUCCUGGGAGUUCGACAGGAGAAGUGCCCCUACACUGCCUGACCCCAAAAAAACUGACUCUAAUGUUCAGCCAGAUUCCUCUGCUGCUUCAUCAGAUCAGCCUGUGGUAUCUUCCUGGGCUAAUAUUGCUUCCCAGCCUCCAAAGAAACCUGCUCCUGUAGAAAAGACAAUCAGCAGCAACAACAUGCAGAUGGAGGAAAAUGCUGCAGAGCAGGAAGACGAAGCCCCAGGGAAGAAAAAACGGAGGAAAAAGAAGAAAAAGGCUAAAGGUGGUGAAGAUGAAGAAGCUGAGAUAGAAGUCACAGCAGUGCAUCAGGAGCCUCCAAAAUUUGAGGAUGAAGAGGAGUUUCCAGGCUUGAAUGUAACUUUUACUGGGACUAAUAAAUUGUUGUGGGGCAACAAUGAAGCAAAACUAUGCAAUGAGGAAAACCAAAGAGAAUGUUUUCAGCAUCAACUUGCUGAACCAAACAAGGAAAAAUCACCUGCAGCAAAAACUGCACCCUCAGAGUCAACAAAGAAGGCACAGAAAGCUGAAAAGGGGUCUGGGAAGAAGAGUAAAGCCCCCGUUCAGUUGGACAUUGGAAACAUGUUGGCCGCUCUGGAAAAAAAGCAACAAUCUCAAAAAGCCAAGCAGGAUGCCAAACCUGUCAUUCUUUCAGUUGGUGGAGGAUUACCUGUAGUUCAGAAGCAGCCAGUAGUCCAGAAGAAGACACCGUGGCAGCAGGACAAGAUUGCACACAACCCUCUGGACUCCACCAGCCCUUUGGUGAAGAAAGGAAAACAGAGAGAGGUGCCUAAAGCCAAGAAACCAACUCCCCUCAAGAAGAUCAUUUUGAAAGAAAGGGAGGAGAGGAAACAAAGACGCCUGCUGGAUGAGAUGGGGCUGCUGCCUGAAGAUGAUGUCAAACCUGCGGAUGAAGCUGCAGAAGACGAGCAGUUUGACACAAAUGCAACAGAUGAGGUUGGGAGUCCUACAGAGGAGCCCGAUGAGGAUCAGACGGAAGUGAAUGGCACACAGGAGAUGGCAAAAGAGUGCGAGGAAGAGCUUGACAAAGAGGAAACUGCAGAAGAAGAAUCCACUUCACCUGUGGCUCUCCCAGCCAGUCGGCCGAAAAUCCACAGUAGAAAGUUCAGAGACUAUUGCAGCCAGAUGCUCAGCAAAGACCUGGACAAGUGUGUGACGGAUCUAUUGAAGGAGCUGGUUCGUUUCCAGGACCGCCUCUACCAGAAGGACCCGAUGAAGGCCCGCAUGAAGAGACGCAUCGUGAUGGGGCUCAGAGAGGUCCUGAAGCACCUUAAACUCAGGAAGGUCAAAUGUGUCGUCAUCUCACCCAACUGUGAACGCAUCCAGUCCAAAGGAGGCCUGGAUGAAGCUCUGUAUACCAUCAUCGACAGCUGUCGUGAACAGGGCGUGCCGUUUGUGUUUGCACUCUCCAGGAAAGCUCUGGGUCGCUGCGUCAACAAGGCUGUGCCUGUGAGCCUGGUGGGCAUCUUCAACUACGAUGGUGCUCAGGACUUCUACCAUAAGAUGAUAGAGUUGUCGUCAGAGGCCAGGACAGCGUAUGAAGUGAUGGCUACGAGCCUCGAGGAGACAGGAGAGGCGGAAGUGGAGGAGACGAAAAACAGUGAGGGAGAGCUGCAGAUCAGCAAUUUGACUGAGGAGGCUGAGCCCGGUGCUGACACCACAAAAUCAGAGGAACCAGAUUACAUCAAAACCUGGAAGAAAAUGCUGGAAAAGGAUUACAACCACAAACUUUUGAACUUUGAGGAGCAGUUUAACUCCAUGCACUUGGACAGUGACUGCACUGACAUCUUUGACGAGGAUGAGACGAGUUGACAGUUCCAUACCUUCUGUGCCUAAAAGAAAAAAAAAAACAACUCGUGAUGAUCACCAGCUUCAAAGAACAUAGGACGGACUCAGUCUCGACCUGGAGAUUUUGUAAGGAAGUUAAACAUGUUGAAAAUAUUUGCAAUGGCUUGUAAAAUCUGUUUUUAGGAAAUGAUUUUUUGUUUGAGUUUAAGAUAAUCAGGAAAGACUGUGUACUUCAAAGGAGUGUGCUUGUGGGUUAUAAACCAGGUUUAAGCACUGACUUGUUGGACCAAACCAGUCACUUGAAAAGAUCCCACAAUAUGAAUCACAACAUGACCAUGUCUAGAGGAUGUGUAUGAGUUUACAUACUGAAUGUGUGCAGGAUAUCAAACAGUUAAACAGUACUGAGACACUAUCAGGUGUGUGUUUACUCUAUGGUUUGAAUGUGAAGCCUUUAUGCUGCUUUUCCCCCUCCCAUCCAUACGCUAUAUUUUUACUUUUAUUUUGACGUGAACAUUUGACCGAUGCCAGGAAGUGACAAUAGACAUAGGGCAGCAUUUUGGGGCAUUGCUAUUACGUGGUCAGUGCCUUGAAUGGGCCUAAAUACAAGCCAAUCAAAUAUGUUUUUUUGUGAAUAUAUGGUUGCAUAUGCUCUCUUUGGAAAAUGUGCACUAAAAACACCCUGAUUUUUGCUCUUAGAGUGAAGCAAACAUUUCUACUGUUAUCCUAAGCACAGGCUUUUUGUGUUAGUAUCCAAGAAAACUAUUACCAAGCUCAUUUUUUUUUUAAACUAAAAUGACAUGAUGUCUCUCUUUUUUGCAUUUCAUUGCAUAAUGAGUCAGAUUUAUAGAUCAACAACAUACUUAAACCCAGCUGUGAAUUAGUAUGUAGUAUGAAUCAACCACUCCAGCACAACAGUGUGGCUCUUAGUGUCAGUUUUCUCCUUUUUAAUCUGUGCUUAGAUAUCACUCCAGCAUUUUCUCUGUGUUUGUGACUUAACAGUACACACACAUACAUGCAAACACUAGUUUUUAUUUGCUUUCACAAAUCUUUCCUCCAAAUGAAUACACUUUUUCCACGUUUACAAAGGUAGGAUAAACGACAAGAGACCUAAAUUAUAUCUGAACAUGAGUCUUUAAUCUUAUUCUCUCAUAGUGACCCACAGUCUCAAACCUCUUGGCUACUUAAGACUUUAAACUUAAAGCUGCUGUGAGGAACUUUUUUUUGUAUCGAUUCUGGCGCCCCCUUGUGGACAAAGUGAUGCCUCUUAUCUCCUGUCCUAAACAUGCAAAAGUAGUGUUUUCAACAAAAACUUCAUCCUGUUGUCUUUUGACAGUCAACUUUAUCAGGCGAUGUGAUUAUUUUCCAUUAAACAGUCAAAUAAAGGCUGUUUCUGAAGCAAGAUGUCCAUCAGCUGGUCUGACACCUACCCCCUCAGGGCAGUUUCAGGCAUUAAAAAUGACAACAGAGAAGGUGUCAGUGUUGCUGCUGAUGGUCUUGUUUACUAUUGAAGGUCAUAAAGAGGCGUCAGUAUCAUUUUCAGUCUGUUUCUCAGCCAGUUCAAAACUCCUCACAGUGCCUUUAAGUAAGGCUGCUUCUUAAGAGAAGACAUUAAAUCCUUCAUUGCAUAAAAAGAAGAUUAUUAGGUUGUGGAAUUUUGACUACCAAAGUGCUACAUUUCAUGAUUCUGUCUGUGAUAAUGUGUAAGUGGUAGCAUUGGAUUCACAGCAAUUCAGUGUUAGGAAACUACUUCCUGUUAAACUGACUCAUUAAUAACUGUGAGUUUUCUGUUAACCAACAUAGGAAGUGAUGAAAAAAACUUCUUGAAAGAAAAUAACUGCAGUUGUCUUUAGUGCAAGGUUGUGGUUGCACAUUAAAACACAAUGAAUUACACAAUUGGAAAUUAAAUUCACUGUUUUUGAUGGACUAAUUUACUUGUAAUGUUAAUGAGGAAUGUCAGACUUUAAAAGAUGAUCCAUUAAUCAUUAAAAAAUAUUUUUGUCAAA